AUGGGUGCCCUCAAGUAUGUCGAGGAGCUUCAAAAGAAGAAGCAGUCGGACAUGAUGCGCUUCUUGAUGCGCGUUCGCUGCUGGGAGCUUCGCCAACUCAAGGUCAUCCACCGUGCCAGCCGCCCGUCGCGCCCCGACAAGGCCCGCCGUCUCGGUUACAAGGCCAAGCAGGGCUACGUUAUCUACCGCAUCCGCGUCCGCCGUGGAGGUCGCAAGAGGCCCGUUCCCAAGGGUGCCACCUAUGGCAAGCCCACCAACCAGGGUGUGAACCAGCUCAAGUACCAGCGCUCCCUCAAGUCGACCGCUGAGGAGCGUGUCGGCCGCCGCUGCGCCAACUUGCGCGUCCUGAACUCCUACUGGAUCAACCAGGACUCGACCUACAAGUACUACGAAGUCAUCCUUGUCGACCCCUCUCACAAGGCCAUCCGCCGUGAUGCCCGCAUCAACUGGAUCGUUAACCCCGUCCACAAGCACCGCGAGAGCCGUGGUCUCACCGCGACCGGCAAGAAGAGCCGUGGUUUGGGCAAAGGACACGGAUACCACAAGACCACUGCCGGCAGGAGGAAGACCUGGAAGAGGCACAACACCCUCUCCCUCUGGCGCUACCGGUAA